AUGUUGCAGGACUUGGUUGGAAUCAUCGCCCUGUUGAACGCCACGGCGCCCUUCCCUGGGGAGGUGUCGUACGUCGCAGCACCGGGAUUCCCAACUUCUGCUUUCGCAUCGUACUAUGUCUCGCCGGCCUUGCCAACUCAGGAACCUCAACCCAUUAUCUACGACCCAAUUCUAGACUACAAUUACCCUUUUGAGUUGACUAACCCCGAUGCCAUUCCCGCGGGUAACGAUGAAUUGAUAUUUCCUCCACCUCUGGCAGACUUGUCACCAGACGAGGGGCAGGCUUUCAUCAAAGCCGUGGUUACCAAUGUCACAAAUGUCAUCAAGAACAACACUACCGGAAACCAAUGCGACAGAUGCAAGAGAGCGCUUGCUGCAGCCAAACCUGCUGCUCUGUUUACUCCAGCCAUGGCUCCGAAGGCCAUGGUGAGUCUUUGCCAGGCGUUUAAGUUUGCCUCCAAUGAGGAAUGUGAAGAAAAAUACGCUGCUCAUGCAAUGGGCACCAUCUGGACCCAGGUCUUGGCGUUUGCAGACGUCGAAGGCCUUGAUGGUCAGUACAUCUGCCAUGCACUCAAGAAGAGCUUCUGUCCUCAGCCCAAUACUCGUCCAUUUGAUACAUCUGACUGGUUUGCUAAGCCCAAGCCGGUCAAUAUCCAGGCGCCGAAGGCGAGCGGAGAACGAGUAAAGGUGCUCCAUAUGUCGGAUUUCCACCUGGAUGCUCGAUUCGCCGUGAGCUCCGAGGCAAACUGCACAUCAUCCCUGUGUUGUCGCAGUGACAAUCACAAUGAACAUUCAGAGGAUAGAGUACUUGUUCCUGCAACCCCUUAUGGGAAUUUCAGAUGCGAUACUCCAUACGAUCUCGGCCUCGCUGCUCUGCAGGCUGUGGGCCCACUGACUGGUACAGGAAAGGACCACUGCGAUGAGAAUCUGGCAUGGACCAUUUACACCGGGGAUCUGCAGUCGCAUGAUCCAGAGCUACAGAUCUCUCGUGAAUAUCUUGAGUAUACCGAGACCAGCAUCUUUCAGAUGUUCAAAGAAUAUCUCACAGGGCCCGUGUUUGUUACCCUAGGGAACCAUGACUCGGCCCCAUCCAACAUUGAUUCACCUCACAAUCUCCCGGGGCGCCUUGGUGAGCAGUCAAGCUGGAACUAUGACCAUGUAGCCCGUCUGUGGCAGCAUGAGGGCUGGAUUAGCAAUCAGACUGCAGAUGAAGCGGCAACGCACUAUGGCGGCUACUCCAUCAAAACUCACUACGGACUGCGCAUUAUUUCCAUCAACACUGAUUUCUGGUACAGAUCAAACAUCCUCAACUUUAUCAACACGACCAACCCCGACAACUCAGGUAUGUUGGCCUGGAUGACCAAUGAGCUACAAAAGGCAGAGAAUGCAGGCGAGCGGGUCUGGAUCAUCGGGCAUGUCCUCAGUGGAUGGGAUGGCUACAACCCAUUGCCUGACCCAACCAACCUUUUCUAUCAAAUUUUGGACCGUUACUCACCACAUGUUAUUGCGAAUACAUUCUGGGGUCAUAACCACGAAGACCAAUUCAUGGUGUACUAUGCAAACAAUGGAACCACUCAGAACUCAGAAACCGCGCUCUCAACUGGCUGGGUUGCGCCCAGCGUCACACCUCUGACCAAUCUCAACAGCGGCUUCCGGCUGUACGAGGUUGACACCGGUGAUUUCAACGUCUACGAAGCUUACACAUUCUUCAGUAAUGUGUCGGAUUACUCUUCUCUCAGUGAUACGGGCCCAAUCUUUCAACUUGAGUACUCCACUCGUGAUACAUAUGGUCCAGCUGUUGGGUGGGACAAGCGAGCACCUCUGAACGCCACAUUUUGGCAUCGUGUCACCGAAGCCAUGGAGACUGACCUGAAUCUGGUCACUCUACAAAAUGCUCUGCAAGGAAAGUUAAGUGUCAAAAGCCCUAUCUGCAACACUGUGGCGUGUCAAAAAGCCAAGAUCUGCUACAUGCGUAGUGGCAGUGCUGGAUUGGGCUACAAUUGUCCCCAAGGGUACGGCUCCGUGCAGAGCGCUUUCACAGUGAAUUAA